AUCACGGUUCAGUGCAUCAUAGAGCAUUUCGCUGAUAAGUAAUAAUUACGUUUGAAAACCUAGUCUAACACCCUGAGCACAGUAACAGAAUGACAGUCGGGCAGAUGCACCCGGGUUUUACCUGGAUUCAGUGGGCGAAAGAACAAGGCUCUUUCUGGCAUAUAGUGUCCCGGCAAGGCAACUUCAGUAUUCCGUUCGGUCCAAAAAUGUUGCACAACGAGCACAGUGUAAACGGCAUUAAGAGUGAUUAUGUAUCCAUUGAAUCAUUCAUCUCCUCAUCAUACCUCGGUAUGCUAACUGGAGUACUCAUAAUUGUGUUUCUAUGUCAAAAACUUACUCGAUGGAAGGAGGAUCUGAUGGAAUUGAAAGCAUUAAACUGGAUAAAAAGUCUUACAAUCUCCGAUGUACAUCGCUUCUUUUUUGUAGUGGGAAUGUUUCUUGAAUUCGCACUCUUAUCACCAAUUUUCGUACCAAUCAUUUACGGAUUUAAAUGCUAUCGAGCGGUUAUCGCAGCAAUACUGAAAAAUCGUCAUGGUUCGCACUUUAAAGGCCUCCUGGAAGGUGCCGAUGCAAUGUGGGCCAUUGAACGAGACAACUCGCGAGGUAUGAUCAACAUAAUGGCAUACAUUGAAGAGACUGUCGAACAACAAAGCCAGAAAGAACACUCGACAAGCGCAGAGCUGCUCCUCGUUUUACGGAAACGAAUUUCGUCCAGAUUGAUGAAUAGUUACCAACCACAUCCAAAAAUGUUUUGGAAAAGAAAUCUCGAAUUAGGAUAUUAUUACUGGAGUGACCAGUCCACUCUUACUGUGGAGGACUACAUUCGUUAUCUGGAUCAUAUUGCACUGGAAAACGAUGCUCAAUACAUAGAUGAACGUAAACUACGGGCUUGUAUGAACGACAUCAACAACCGUCACCUGCCCGACAAUCAUUCGUCAACAUGGGAGAUUCUUGUCGGUAGACAACCACUGCGGGACGAUGUACGGAAAGUGGUACGAUUUCCAAUUCUGUUUCGCGUUCAUCAUUCGCUAGGAGAUGGAGUUGCUCUUUUACGGUUACUUUUAGAAGGAAUUGCCGACAAGGAAGUGCCAUCUCGAUGGAAACGUCUGUCCACAUUCAAAGUAAUGAAUAUUGAAUACAUCCUUAAGGAAGCCAGUAUUCAGCCUAUCCUUAAGAAAAAUGCAUUCCAAAAACUACUCAAAGCGAUUCCAAAUACUCAAGCUUUGUAUGCAUGGAAGCGCAAAAAUUUAGCAAUUCUCAAAGCUAUCGUCACUGCUCCAUCAUACUUCUAUGAAGUAUCCCACCGUGAGGUAGAUAAUAACUGCAUCCAUGCUAGCGAACUAGUGAAUCAGAAGGUAGUGAGCUGGAUUCAUGAAGAGGAAACCAGCAACACACAUUGGGUAAACGUAAUCAAACGAACCAAACAGUUAGUUUCCGGUGCCAGGUUUUCCGAUACUUUUCUAACAGCUCUAUCCAGCAGUCUGCAAAAGUAUUUCAUUCGAAAACAGGGAGAUAUUCCUAAGAACAUUACGGUGGUGCUUCCUACUAGAGUUCAACCUGAGUUACCACAGUUAAAAUUGCACAACUGCUUUUCGGUAGCCAUGCAAACGUUGCCCGUCAGAUCUGGCAUCCAACUAGACGAUCCAAAUCGAGUCGAUACUCUUCGCGGUCAUUUAGAACAGAUUAAGCAACACUCGGAUAAUCUUCGUUCCUCUUCGGAUUACUUGAUCAACUACUGGAUCAUGACCUCGGUAGCUGGCCUAUUUCCGGAUACAAUCCUGCGCAAAAUACUAACAAGCGCACACAGCACACUGGCAAUUUCCAACCUACCGGGACCGCAUCAGAAACCCCGUAUCAAUGGUCACGAGUUGAAGAAUGUCAUAUUCUUUAUACCAAAUAUUGGGAAAACUGCCGUCGGACUGACACUAUUGACGUACGGUGGAAAGUUACAACUAGGAAUUUUGGCCGAUCGAGCAGUGAUCCAAAACGAAGAAGAUGCGCACUCGAUUCUCCUUGAAACCAUAAAUGAAAUCGAACUAAUGGGGCAGAUUUUGCAAGAUGCUUGAAAUGCUAUGGAUGUGAGACUCAUCGUAGUACAUUGUUCCGUGAAGCAAGUACCAAAAUGAGUUUUCUGAAAAAUACAUUUGAAUUCAUACUGA